AAUUCCAAAGUUACAAAACGUUUUAAGUUCGAAUGAGCAUGGAUACGUGUAUGUAAAGUUAAUAAUUAAUUUAACGAACGUUGCUUGAUUUCGUCAUUCUUCGUGAUAACGUUUCACCCCUGUGUGUUGGCGUGAAUGUGGAGAAAAGAAGAGGAUCGCGGUUUCCGAUGAGAAACACAAGAGGAUAGAAGAGAAAAAUGACAUCGAAGGAAAGGGAUCAAAGAGAAGGGAUGAGAUCGAAUCAAGACAGUGGGAGGACUGCAUGUAGAUCGUAAAACGGAGGAUGAUGACCUCCCCUGAGUUACAAAGCAUCUGCUAAAUAAAUGAUACGCCAGUUGUCGUAAGUCUAGUUGUCCUCAGCUUCAGACGAAGACGAGUUGGCUCUAGGAUCACGUUACUGGCUAUCGUCAUAGUUGCUCAUGGGGCCGAAGGCCCUUCGGUUAGCCGCGGCGUUCGCCGUCAUCCAACUUCUUUUGCCGCAGGUUCAUUCCAUACGGACCAAACUCAGGAAACAACGGUCCAAGCCGCUGCAAGCUCAACAAGCCGCGAAUGGUGAUUACGAUUACGACUAUUACGAGGGUUACGAUGACUACGAUGAUAGAAAUGAAACUACAACUACAACUGCGCCAUCACUACCUGUUACAUCUAGCGUCAAUACUGCAAGUAGGGGUGAAUUACCGACGGAGACAUUGCAAACUUUCUACAGACCUGGACUGUCUACAGAUGUACCAACGCAAGCGACAAUUCGAACUUUCAGUCAAGUCGGUAUAUUACCAAACGAAGUGCAAACAACACCAGAACAAAAUCAUGCAUCACCGACAGAGAUUGUUCCUGGUGAAAGUAACGUGAUUAGCGCGGUCGCUGUUCCUGGACCCAGGGGGGAACCUGGUCGACCUGGAGAUAUGGGUCGUCCGGGAGAUACUGGAUUUCCAGGACAUCCUGGAUCUCCGGGAAUUCCGGGACCUCCGGGGCCACCAGGGCCUAUACCUGACGUAUCAAUGUAUUAUCAACAAUUAGCUUUAUCUCAAGCAAAUCAAGAUAAAGGACCGACGGGAGCAGCAGCACCUUUGUAUGGUCCAGAAGCCUAUUUACAAAUGCAAACUGGUCCUAUCGGACCGCGUGGUCCAUCAGGUCCACCUGGACCACCCGGACCGCAGGGUUUUCAAGGAGUACGAGGAGAACCUGGUGAACCUGGUACUUUGGGUCCUCCAGGAGCGCCAGGUCCCAGAGGAUUAGCUGGUUUACCGGGAAAGGAUGGUAAUACCGGUGAAGAUGGAGAACCUGGUCCUCCAGGAUCGGUUGGUCCAGUCGGACCAAGAGGUCUACCGGGGAUGCCUGGUCUUCCUGGUGUAAAAGGACACCGAGGUUUUCCAGGGUUAGAUGGUGCAAAAGGAGAACAAGGUGUAUCUGGUGAAAAAGGAUCCAUGGGCGUACCUGGACCGAUGGGACAUCUAGGCCCGAUGGGCCCUGCAGGUCCACGUGGUGAAAGAGGUAGAGAAGGUCCUCCUGGACCUCCGGGAAUUAGAGGAGUGGAUGGUAUUGCUGGGCCCCCUGGUCAACCUGGUACGGUAGGUAAACCAGGUUCUCCUGGAUUUCCAGGUAGUCCAGGUGUAAAAGGAGAUCAAGGAGCACAAGGACCAAAAGGAAGCCAAGGCAUACAAGGCCCCCGAGGUGAAACUGGUCGUCCUGGUCAACCUGGUGAAUCAGGACCACAGGGUCCCCAGGGAAAAGAUGGAAUACCUGGAGAAAAGGGAAGUACAGGAGCACCUGGUUUAGUUGGUGCUCCAGGUUUCCCUGGAGCUCGCGGACAACCUGGAAUACCUGGCAAUCCUGGUGUUCCAGGAGCGAAAGGCAUGCCUGGACUUUCAGGUGAAAGAGGAUUCAAAGGUGAUAGUGGAGCUAAAGGUGAUUCAGGAACUCCAGGGCCACGUGGUUUGCCUGGUCCUCCUGGGAACGAGGGUAAACGAGGAAAAAGAGGAAUGCGCGGACCAAUUGGUACAUCCGGUCCUGCCGGAGAACGUGGAGCACCAGGCGCACCAGGUCUUCCGGGACCUGAUGGUCCCAUGGGACCCAAAGGUCAGUCUGGGGAUCGUGGACCAAUUGGACCAAUGGGGCUCAGAGGAGCUAACGGAGAUCCUGGUCGCCCAGGAUCUCCCGGUUUACAGGGUACACGUGGUUUAAUGGGUCGCCCUGGUGCUCCCGGGAAACCAGGAAACCCAGGAGACCGAGGAAUUCAAGGUGCUGAUGGAAAACCAGGUGAACAAGGUCCAGCUGGAUUACAAGGUUUACCUGGUCCAAUAGGUCUCCCAGGAGAAAAGGGAUAUCCGGGUGAACCAGGAAAAGCUGGUGAGCCAGGAAAUCCUGGACCACCUGGUCCUAGAGGUGAUACGGGAAAGGAAGGAGCACCAGGACCUCAAGGUUCACCUGGACCAUCAGGAAUAGAUGGUGAACGGGGACCUCCAGGAUCUCCAGGUCCUAGAGGUUUUCAGGGUUUUCCGGGCGUUACUGGUAAUCCAGGAACACCAGGAAAAGAUGGAGAAUCAGGUGUUCAAGGACCACCUGGUCCACCAGGUAUUCCUGGAAAUAGAGGUGAACGAGGAUUUCCUGGUGAAAGAGGUACACCAGGAGGACCAGGAUUAACAGGACCAAGAGGAGAACCAGGUGCACAAGGAUUAGAUGGACCGCCCGGAUUACCUGGAGCAAAAGGAGAUCGAGGAAUUUCAGGACCACCUGGAUUAGUAGGAUUGCCUGGCUUACGAGGAGCUACGGGAGAGUCAGGUCCAAAAGGAGAAAGAGGAUCUAGCGGACCGCCUGGCCCUGAAGGACCUCCAGGACGGAUUGGAGAGCGUGGACCACAAGGUCAAAUUGGCUCACCGGGACCGCCGGGUGAACCAGCAGAACGAGGCGAUCCUGGAUUACCUGGACCUCCAGGAGAGGUAGGUGCUCCUGGCAAUCCAGGAGAAAGAGGACCCCAAGGAUUACAAGGACUGCAAGGCUUCCCAGGACCACAAGGACUCAUUGGUUUACCAGGAUUAAAGGGUGACCGUGGUUAUCCAGGUUUAAAAGGAGAUCAAGGAAAUCCUGGUCUAGCUGGUAGCCCAGGUGAAACUGGACCACAAGGUCUAGUUGGUUUGACGGGAGCUAAAGGAGUACGAGGAGAACCAGGUGCUAGAGGAGAGCCUGGUAUUAUGGGACCACCAGGAGUACCAGGAAUCGUUGGUGCAACGGGCCCGCCAGGGGCAAUAGGACCAUCAGGACCGCCUGGGUUACCAGGUAGUAAAGGUAAUAUCGGAGAAACAGGACGAGCCGGAAAUCCCGGACCUAUUGGGAAUCCAGGUUCACCUGGUGCAGAUGGGAAUAAAGGCGAGAGUGGUUCUCAAGGACCACCAGGUACUCCUGGCCCUCAAGGUCCUCAAGGCUCUCCUGGUGAAAGAGGAUUACCUGGUUUACCAGGCCCGUCUGGACCAAUAGGCGCUAGAGGAAUACGAGGAGCACCUGGUGAAUCUGGUGUAUCUGGGAAACCUGGACCAGAAGGUCCACCUGGACCUCCUGGACAAGUUGGACCAAUUGGACCACAUGGACCAUCAGGAGAAAUUGGAGCAGAAGGGCCCAGUGGUAAACCUGGACCACCUGGAAUAGCAGGUCGUCCUGGAGAUAAAGGACCACCGGGAGCGGUAGGACAAACGGGAUUGCCCGGCUCUCCUGGUUUACCCGGACCACCUGGCCAAGCAGGUGCUCCAGGAUCAACUGGAGAAAGAGGACCAAAGGGCGAAACAGGACCACAAGGUGUAGAAGGACAGCAAGGACCUAGAGGGAAACCAGGGCCUAUAGGAUUGGAAGGUCCUAAAGGUGAUCGCGGAGAAGAAGGCCAGAAGGGUGCGAAAGGCCAUCGAGGAUUUACUGGUUUACAAGGUUUACCUGGGCCUACUGGUCUACCAGGGGAGAAAGGAAUACCUGGACUUCCUGGGCUACCUGGGAAAGAUGGCGAAUCUGGACCUAGAGGUAGUCCUGGACGAGAUGGCAGCCCUGGGCCAAUUGGAUUAACUGGCAAUCCAGGACCAAAAGGUCCUUCAGGUGAAGAAGGUCGCCAUGGACCACCAGGUCCUCCUGGUCCUCCAGGGCCUCCAGGUCCACCCGGUGAACUUGGAUUAGGAUAUGAUGCUGCUUCUUUAGCUGCACUUUUAGGGCAAGGUCAAACUAAAGGACCAGAUCCAUUAGUUGGUGAUGAACCACCUAGAAUGUUUAGUCAAGACAUGACAGAAGAAGAAAGGAAAGAACUCAUUUUGAAAGCAUAUAAACAAUUGAAAUCAUCAUUCCAGAAAUUUGUAAAACCAGAUGGUGGAAAAAGUUCACCAGCCAAAACUUGCAGGGACCUUUAUACUGCUUAUCCAGAUAAACUUUCUGGAGAAUAUUGGAUUGAUCCUAAUGAAGGUGAUACAAGAGAUGCAAUUUUAGUGUACUGCGAUGCUAAGAAACGUGCAACAUGUUUAUUGCCUAAUCCUGUACGUUCCCCAGAAAUUAACUAUAUUACUGAUCAACCAGAAACUUGGUUAAGCGAAAUAGAAAAUGGAAUGAAGAUUACAUAUAAAGCAGAUAGUAAUCAAAUUGGCUUUUUGCAACUUCUAUCGAGACAUGCAUACCAAAAUAUAAUAUAUCACUGUAAAAAUAGCAUAGGCUAUUUUGAUUCUGAGCGAAAGACGUAUAGAAAAGGUAUGAAAUUUUUAACCUGGAAUGAUGUAGAAUUAACACCACGUGGAAAUCAACGUCUAAGAUAUGAAAUGAUAACUGAUGAAUGUAGAACAUAUAAUGGACAAUGGGGUAAAACAGUAAUUUCAUAUGAAACUGAUAAGCCUGUAAGACUACCUAUAAUAGAUGUGGCCUUACGAGAUAUUGGAAAACCAGAUCAAAGCUUUUCUAUUGAAAUCGGUACUGUUUGUUAUGAAUAAUAAAUUGAAAUUAUAUAAAUACAUUUUUAUAUUAUCAUUACAUAAUUGAAAUAUUUUCUUUACUCAAACAUUUCCACGUAUAUGUACAUAUAUAGUAUAUGAAAAUUUGAAUUUUUUAACAGUUCAAAUAUUGUAGUAUGUAUAUUAGUUACUAGUUUUUUAUUUUUUCAUAAAUUACAUAAAUAAAAUAUUAUUAUAAUUUGUAUGUAUUAACACAGAUAUAACUUCAUGUACUAAAUAUGUCAAUAGUCAUUUAAUAAUUUAGAUGUUUAAAAUAAUUAGUCCUAGAUAAUAUAUAUAUAUCCCCUUUUUCCAUACUAUCAAACUACUCUUGUUAUAAGCAAAACUAUUUUACAUAUUAGUCUUGAUGACAAAUUAAAAUAUUGCUACAUUUUCAUGAAAUAAA